AUGCCGGAAACGCAGCAGACACAACGGAUCCAGAUGACAACAGGCACGAGAAUAUAUAUGCCAACGAGUCCGUUCGGUGCCCGUGGGGGGGUCGGCGAGGAGGAGGUACUCGACAAAUUUGUUGGAGGGGAAGAGGGGAAUCUGCAAAUUGAGAGAAAAACGGGGACACAGCAUGGAGAUUUUGCGAGUUGGGAUAGGUUUCGUGGCUGGACAGCUCUAGGAGACAUUGUGUCCAUCCUUGACUUCGUCCUUUUUGUCAUCUUCACUUCUACCAUUGCUACUCGGUUCAUUCUCUUUCCCCAAUCCCUGAUGUUUCUCUCUCCCACCCCACCGAGUCCCUCUUUUUUCCGACUUUCUGGAUAUCGUUCGUCAACAUUCUCUCACAGAUUCAAUCCUACGGCGUGCCAAAAUGCGGAUGUAGGUAACAGGGAAGGCCCGUCAAUCACUCUUCCUGAUUAUCCCAAGUCACCUGGCAACUUGUCCUAUCUUCUUCGCGAAAGACUUGUAGAUGGGCACUGGCUUGUAGUGGUCAUGCGGGUACUAUUCUGGGCCUACGCCGCCACAACUUUCUCCGUGGCAGUUGGCCAAUAUUUUUUCCUCUUCACCGGAAGACCCUUGACCAUCCAAGGAAUGACACCAGCCUGGAUCCUCCCCAUGCUCCCCAUUAUGCUGACUGUUACCAUCGCGGCGCUGAUGGGCAAAUGUCAGCUGUUGAAUUACGCUCUGCCGAUCCUGGUAGCAGGCGCCACAUUUCAAGGCCUAGGAAUGCUAAUCUCCAUAUUCAUGUAUAGCAUCUACCUCUCCAGACUCAUGACACAAGGUCUCCCUAAGCCAGACCUACGACCAGGUAUGUUCAUCGCCGUAGGCCCACCGUCCUUCACCGGCUUCGCCCUGCUCAGCAUUUCUAACGACCUCUUUGAUAUACACCCGUCCUACACCACCUUACAACACGUAAUCCAUCCCGAGUUCAUCGCCGACAUCUUCCACAUCGUGGCCCUCUCAACCACCAUCUUCCUCUGGGCAACGGCCUUCUGGUUCUUCAGGAUAGCGCUGGUAGGCGUCAUCCACGGCGCCUUCUUUACGAAGGAGGGGAUGGGCUUCCACCUGGUUUGGUGGGCUUUCAUCUUUCCCAACGUGGGCUUUACGGUCAUCACGAUUGAUACGGGGAACGCUCUGAUGAGCGAGGGGAUCAGGUCGGUCGCGAGCGUGAUGACUCUUUUACUAGUCGCGACUUGGCUGUUUGUCGGGGGGCUCACAUCCGAGCGGUGUGGAAGAAGGAAAUCCUGUGGCCAGGGAAAGACGAGAAUCGCGAUCAGCAAAGAGGCCAUAUGGUUGCUUCAUGUUUUCACAUCGGAUUUGACUGCUCGGUAA